AUGGCACGCGAGCUCUCCUCCAAUUGGAAGCAGCUGCAGGCUCAGAUCCAGGCCGAGUCCUCCUCCCAACCAGACGGCAAAACGCCAAGCACCCUCAAGCGGAAAGCCUCCGGCAAAGCCCUCGCCUCGGCCGCCAAGAAGCAGAAGAAGCCCGUCGUCUCCAAGACAGCAGCCGCCAGCACCAGCACCACCGUCACACCGCGCCCGCCGCCCUCGGCCGCGGCCAGGGCCCGCCGCGUGCCCGCCGACCUCGCCGCACGCAUGGGCGCCGCGCAGUCGUCCAAGGUGGCCGACCCGGCGCGCACGGGGCCCUCGCCGUCCCUCGCCGCCUGGGCCGCCGAGAACGACGUGUCGGCCGAAUCGCUGGCCGAGGCCUACGGGCUCGGCCUCCCCGGCAAUGCCAUGCUCGCCGAGCCGGAGAAGGAGAACGCCGGGCGCACGCCGGGUCUCGACGUCGGCAAGUACGUCGCCAUAGACUGCGAGAUGGUCGGCGUCGGCGAGGGCGGGUACGAGUCGGUGCUGGCCCGCGUGAGCCUCGUCGACUUCCACGGCCGACAGGUCUACGACAGCUUUGUGCGGCCGCGUGAGAAGGUGACAGACUGGCGCACGGCCGUCAGCGGCAUCGCGCCGCGCAAGAUGCGCCUCGCGCGCGAGUUUGAGGACGUCCAGGCCGAGGUUGCCGAGCUGCUCCAGGACAGGAUCCUCAUCGGCCACGACGUCAAGCACGACCUCGACGCCCUCCAGCUGACCCACUCGAUCAAGGACAUUCGCGACACGUCCAAGUUUCCCGGCUUCCGGCAAUACGGCAACGGCAAGAAGCCGGCGCUGCGGAAGCUGGCGGGGGAGAUUCUCAAGGUCGAGAUCCAGCAGGGGGCGCACUCUAGCGUCGAGGAUGCCAAGGUGACCAUGGCGCUUUUCAGGAGGCAUAAGCCGGCGUUUGAUGUCGACAAUACGAAUCGCUUCCCGGCUUUUGCGCCGGGGGCCAGGAGUGCGGCAAAGAAGCCUAAGAAGAAGAAGAAAUAG